AUGAUAAGUGAAACCGAUAUUAAUGUCGGUCUUAAUUUUUUGUGAAUUCGCGAUACUUUAUGAACCAUAGUCAACCGGUUUUUCUGGAAGUAUCUUUUGGGUAGCCAUGCGGCGAAGUAAAGCUGAAGUGGACCGUUACGUCUCCUCAGUGCAGAGUUCCUCUCCCUCACUCAAAGAGAAGCCAGUCAAGGGUUUUUUAUUUGCCAAAUUAUACUUUGAAGCAAAGGAAUAUGAUCUGGCAAAAAGACAUGUAUCGGAGUAUCUCAAAGUCCAGGAGAGGGAUCCGAAAGCACACAAAUUCCUUGGACAGCUCUACGAGAGAGAGGGAGACAUCAACAAGGCAGUAGGAUGCUACAAGCGGUCGGUGGACAUGAACCCAGCCCAAAGGGAUCUGGUGCUGAAGGUGGCUGAGUUACUGGUCAGUAAGCAGGAAUGUGACAGCAGAGCAGAGUUUUGGGUGGAGAAAGCUGCCAAGCUGCUACCAGGAAACCCUGCGGUCUUUAACCUGAAGGAGCGUCUGUUGAGUCGUCAGGGUCAGCCGGGUUGGAACCGGUUGUUUGACCUCCUCCAGGCUGAGCUGAUGGCGAGGCCAGCUGACGCGCAUAUGAACGUGAAGCUGGUGCAGCUGUUCUGUCAGGACGGGCGGCUAGAUGAAGCCAUUACGCACUGCCUGGCUGCUGAGAAAAGGGGCAUGCUGAGGCACAGCCUGGACUGGUACACAGUGGUGGUGCGCACACUGCAGGAGUAUCUAGCUCAGCCCAGCAUCUCUGGUAAUGAAAAAAUGUGCCGGCGUCUUCAGGGAGAGCUGCUAUUGGCCCACUGCAGCCUGCUAAGAAUCACACUGUCUGAGAGCAGCAUGCAGCCGAGCCGUGAUGCGCUUACAGGUUUUGACCAAGCUAUGCAGACGCUGAGCAGCAUUGCUGGCCGCCACACAGACGACCUUUUUGAGAUCUUUGUGGAAAUGAGAGGUCACCUCUACCUGCAUGCUGCCACACUCCUGUUGAAGCUGGCUCAGGAUCACCAGCAUACCUGGAGGGCUGUCAUUGACCUGGCUGCACUGUGCUACCUGCUGGCAUACCAGGUCCCGAGACCAAAGGCUAAAGUGACCAAAAGAGAUCAGUCUGCCCCACAACUUCUGGAGUUGUUGGCCAACGACCGACAGAGUCAGGCCGGUCACAUGUUGCUGAAUCUGAGCACUGAUUCAUCCACCUUGAUCAGAGAGGUGGUGGAGGCGUUUGGGAACCCUAGUGGGCUGGAGUCUCUGUUUAAAUUCCUGUUUGGACCACAGGUCUCCACUGGAUCUUCCUUUAUUGCCAAUGACGACAUUCAUUCCAUUAACACCAUGGCUCCAGAGCUCUCUCAACUCGUCAAAUGGGAUGCUGGCGCCAUCCUGCUGCAUGCUGGCGACUUGCAGCAUCUGAGCUGGUUGGGACUACAGUGGACCCUGCUGGCCCAAAGACCAGUCCUGUGGGACUGGCUUCACCAGCUGUUUCCCAGGCUUACUCUGGAAACCUCCAAACUGGACACCAACGCACCAGAGUCCAUCUGCCUGCUUGACCUGGAGGUGUUUUUAUGUGGCGUGGUGUUCUGCAGCCACUCUCAGCUCCAGGAGACGUCGAAAAUAAGCAGCGGGGUAAACCCACAGCAACAGCAGCAGCUCUAUGAGCCUCGCUGCCUUCCCCUUCCCCUCCUUCGCCUCUUGACCACCGUCAAACAGAGGGAGUGGUGGGACGCCAUCUACAGCCUCAUUCACAAACGAACAGCAACUGGCAUGUCGGCCAAACUGCGGAUGAUUGUGCAACAUGGACUGAGCACUCUGAGGGCUGGAGAGAAACAUGGGCUCCAACCAGCACUGGUCAUCCACUGGGCACAGUUUCUCAGCCAGACGGCGGAUGGAGUGAACUCGUACUAUGAACAGAAGGAGUACAUAGGCCGUAGUGUCCACUACUGGAAAGUUGCACUUCCACUGUUGGAAAGGAUCAAAAACAGACGGAGUAUUCCAGAACCACUUGAGCCCCUCUUCAUACACUUUCCCUCCAAAGAUAUUCAGAUUUCUUCUGUGAAGGGCCAUGAAGAGGAAGCCAAGAUUGCAAAUUCGGUUCUCCUUGACAUUGAAGGCAGAACCGAGGAGGCCAUUGCGACUUUGGAAACCAUCAAUAACAUGUCAUCCACCUGGCAUUUGGCACAGAUCUACCAGCGGCUAUCGGAGGAGGCCAGCAACGGAGUUGAGGAGACCCAAGACAGGUGUAUCACUUUUCUGAGAAAGUUCAGGACCUACCUGUCCAAGAUCUACAAUGCUAAUGCAGAUGACAUUGAGAAGCUGCCUGUCUCUAUGGAGGAAGUUGUGGACCUCCUGAGUGGUGUGAACGAGCAGCUGGGUGACAGUGUGGAGGCCAUGGAUGAAGAGGAGGAAAAGGAGGGUCGAAGAGGACCAGCCCACUCCAGCCCUGCCCAGCCCAUAGAAACGUGUUCCAUACUAUCCCACUUAAAGUUUUCCUCUCCUAACAAAAGCACAAACUCUCCUUCCAAAAGACAUCUGAUUGCUCCUAAGACACCACCUCAUUGGGUGGAGGACCAGAAAAGUAUCCUCCAGAUGCUUUGUCAGCAAGUUGAAGCUCUCAAGAACGAGGUUCAUGAUUUGAGACACAACUCUUCAGGGAACGCAAGUUCCCCUCAUCACAAGAUCUGUGGAGAGAGCUACGGGGCUGAGGGCCUACAGGAGCCCUUUACCCCAGUCCAGUCCUACCAUGGUGCCCCUCUAACAGUUGCCACCACAGCCCCCUCGGCCUACCACAACCAGUCUCCAUCUUAUAACUCUCAAUAUCUCCUGCGCUCGGCAGCAAAUGUCACCCCCACUAAGGGCUCGAUGUACAAUAUGAAUCGUAUGCCCCCUCAGCAGCAUAUGUAUGCCUACCAGCAGCCCACUCAAACUCCUCCAUUGCAGACAGCCCCAGCCUCUGUGUACCCUCCUCAAGAACAGGUCUUUGGAGCCCCUCUUCGGUUUGAAUCACCAGCCACAAGCCUUCUUGCACCAUAUAGUGAUGGGCAGAGUGCACCCCAACAAACCACUAACCCUCCCCUGCCCGAACCUGGCUACUUUACCAAGCCAUCUGUAGUCCCUGUUCAGCCACCUAAGGGCAUUGAGGUGAAGCCUAUGGACUUUGGGAAGCUCUCCUUCAGCCAGCAGGCACCAUCUGAAGUCCCUAAAGUGCCCAGUUUUGGAUCGGGGGCAGUUGCCCACUCAACACCUUCAGCAGCUUUUAAGUUCAACUCUAACUUUAAAUCCAACGAUGGAGAGUUCAGCUUCCCAGCUUCCCAGGCCAAGCACAGUGAAAGUCUGCUUGGUCUUCUCACAUCAGACUUUCCCUCUAAAAUAGAUACUAUCCCAGAGAAGCCUUUGGCCCAGGAUCAACUCCCCAGCCAAACAGGCAUCUUUACCUUUGGAAAUAGAAAUGCUCCUGCCUUCUCUUUUGCUGAUUCUGCGCAGAGCACAUGUACUGGAAGUCAUUUUGGAAAGGUGGAGCAGCCAUUUACUUUUGGGGAUGUUGCCAAGCCAGUGUUUGGGGUUGCUGCAGAGGAAGAAAGAGCAGCAGAGAGUGACAAUGACAGCACUCAUGUUGAGGAGGAUGAAGAUGGUCCACACUUUGAGCCCAUUGUGCCCCUUCCUGAUAAAGUAGAUGUGAAGACGGGUGAAGAGGAGGAGGAAGAAAUGUUUUGCAACAGGGCAAAGCUGUACAGAUUUGACACAGACACAAAGGAGUGGAAGGAGCGUGGCAUUGGCAAUGUUAAAAUCCUAAAACACAGCGCCAGAGGGAAGGUCCGCCUCUUGAUGAGGAGGGAACAGGUCCUUAAGAUCUGUGCAAACCACUACAUUAAUGCUGAUAUGCUACUGAAACCAAAUGCUGGCUCUGACAAAUCCUGGGUCUGGAAUGCCAUUGACUAUGCCGAUGAAGAACCUAAGCCUGAACAGCUGGCCAUCCGCUUCAAAACAACAGAUGAGGCAUUACUCUUCAAAGAGAAGUUUGAGGAAGCCCUCACAAUUGUUCUCAAAUCUGCAAGAAAUCCUAAACAAGAGAAAAGAGAGGAAAACUCUAAAGGUUCUAAAUCACUGGCAGCCCACUUUGCCCUUAAAGACGGGGACUGGGACUGCACUGUGUGCUGUGUAAGAAAUAAACCCACAGAUAUGCAGUGUGCCUCUUGUCUAAGUGCCAAUCCCAAUUCUUCAUCCAAGCCAGACAUUCAGACUGGCGGUGAAGCCAAAACCAGUCCCUUCACUUUCAAAUUUGGGACAGAUGCAUCAAAACCUAUUAGUUCUGGCUCUACAUUGACUGGAUUUGGUGCUUUUGGAGCAGCUUUGCCCUCCUCAUUUACAUUUGGCACCAGCACCUUAAAACCUGCUGACAUGGUAACUAGUGCAUUUGGUUCUGGUUUUGGGUCUCAGUUUGGCAAGAAGCAGGCUCAAUGGAAGUGUGACGUGUGUGAAGUAAGAAAUGAGGCCUCUGCAGACAAUUGUGUUUCUUGCAAAGCACUUAAAGCCUCGCCAAAAACAACUGCAACAGCACAAAUUGCCCCAACUGCAGAAGCACCAUCUACAUCGGCUUUUGGCUCUGGAUUUGGUGCCCAGUUUAGCAAGAAGCAAGGGCAGUGGGACUGUAAUGUUUGCGACGUAAGAAAUGAAGUCGCUGCUUCCAUUUGUGUUGCCUGUAAUACCCCCAACCCUGAGUCUUGUAAGGCUCUGAAAGCUUCACCUAAAAUAACUUCGACAGCACAAAUGGCCCCAACUGCAGAAGCACCAUCUACAUCGGCUUUUGGCUCUGGAUUUGGUGCCCAGUUUAGCAAGAAGCAAGGGCAGUGGGACUGUAACGUUUGCGACGUAAGAAAUGAAGUCGCUGCUUCCAUUUGUGUUGCCUGUAAUACCCCCAACCCUGAGUCUUGUAAGGCUCUGAAGGCUUCACCUAAAAUAACUUCGACAGCACAAAUGGCCCCAACUGCAGAAGCACCAUCUACAUCGGCUUUUGGCUCUGGAUUUGGUGCCCAGUUUAGCAAGAAGCAAGGGCAGUGGGACUGUAACGUUUGCGACGUAAGAAAUGAAGUCUCUGCUUCCAAUUGUGUUGCCUGUAAUACCCCCAACCCUGAUUCUAAAUUAACAGAAGAGGGUCCAGUCGCAUCAAAGCUGCCAUUGGAGUCAGGAUUUGGGUCUGGUUUGGCCAUGAAGGUUGGGCAGUGGGACUGCAAUACCUGCCAGGUCAGAAAUGAUGCAUCAGCUGCAGAAUGUGUUUCCUGCUCCCCACAUCCCACUCCCUCUAUAGCAGCCAUGUUUGCCAUGAAGAAUGGGGAAUGGGAGUGUGACGGUUGUUUGGUGAGAAACGAUGCCUCUGCUGAGAAGUGUGUGGCCUGUCAAGCAUCAAAUCCCAAUGCUAAAAGCACAACCAGCACCGCUCCUUUGGCCUCCACAUUCAGCUUUUCAGUUAGCAGCAAAGGUCCAUCAGGUCAGCCUGCUGGGACUGGAUUUACAAUGCCUUUUGAAACUGGCAGCACUUUUCAGUUUGGUCAAAAAAAAGAGAAAAGCUCAGCUGCUUCUUUUAAGUUUGAUGUUCCUCCUUCUGGAUCUAAUACCACACAUUCUUCAGGCUUCUCUUUCUCAUUGCCCAUUGCAGCGAGUGGCUUCACGUUUGGUAUUCAGGACUCGGCACAAGAAACUCCCUCUACUGAUGAUCAAAUGCCUCUAUCGGGGUCAGCCUCCAAUUUUCUGAAAAGCAUCGCUGAGAAACACAAAGAGCAAGAAACUGUGUCUACUCCCUUGGUGGACCAAGCGGAGCAAGCUCAAAAUCCAUUAAUAUCUGGAAAAUCCCCAGCGUUCAGUGUUGCCAACUUGGCCGAGUCCUCUGACGGAGACUUUCAGUUUGGCCAGGCCGAUCCCGAUGUUAAAGGUUCCUCUGGGGAUGUUAAGCAGAUGUUUUCAAUCCUCCCCAAGGCAGAUGCCAGAAAUGAGCUUGAAGAGAACGACAUGUAUAAAACAGAGGAAAAUGAUGACAUCCAGUUUGAACCAGUGGUCCAGAUGCCUGAUAGGGUGGACCUGGUGACGGGGGAGGAGGAUGAACAGGUUCUCUAUUCUCAGCGUCUGAAACUGUUCAGAUUCGACUUGGACACAAGUCAGUGGAAAGAGCGGGGUGUAGGAAUCCUUAAAUUCCUGAAAAACAACUCUAAUGGCAGGCUACGGGUGCUAAUGAGAAGAGAGCAAAUUCUGAAGGUGUGCGCCAACCACUGGAUCACCACCACCAUGAAUCUUAAGCCUCUGGCAGGCUCGGACAAAGCAUGGAAUUGGAUGGCCAAUGACUUCUCCGAUGGGGAUGCUAAACUUGAACAGUUGGCUGCCAAGUUUAAAACCCCAGAGCUUGCUGAGGAGUUUAAAGAGAAGUUUGAAGAGUGUCAGAAACUUCUCUUGGACAUUCCCCUACAAACGCCUCACAAGCUUGUGGACUCUGGCAGAACGGCACGCCUCAUUCAGAAAGCAGAGGAAAUGAAGUCUGGUUUAAAAGACCUGAAAUCCUUUUUGACAGAUGACAAAACCAAAAUCAAAGAUGACAGACAGGGUGACAUUACAACAUCCAGCAAUGUUUCAAACCUUGGAAUCAAGCCUCACGGUGAAACCACUGGCCCCACCUUAGAGUGGGAUAACUAUGACCUAAGAGAAGAGGCCUUGGAUGAUACUGCCGACUCAUCAGUCUAUGCCUCUCCUAUUGCCAGCAGUCCCCUGAGAAAGAACCUUUUCCGCUUUGGAGAAGCCGCAGGGGGAUUUAACUUCAGCUUCCAACCCGGCAGCAGCCCCUCCAAGUCUCCUGCUAAGCUUAACCAGAGCAGAGACUCAGUAGGUACUGAUGACGAGCAGGAUGUGACCCAGGAUGAGGAGAGGGAUGGCCAGUACUUUGAACCUGUGGUCCCCUUGCCUGAUCUGGUGGAGAUUUCUACAGGGGAGGAAAAUGAACAGGUGGUGUUCAGUCACAGGGCCAAACUGUAUCGCUACAACAAGGACCUGGGUCAGUGGAAGGAGAGGGGUAUCGGAGAACUCAAGCUCUUGCAGAAUUUUGACACUAAACAAGUGAGGUUAAUAAUGAGGCGAGACCAGGUGCUGAAGAUCUGUGCCAACCACAGAAUCACAGCAGCCAUGAAGCUGGAACCUAUGAAGGGAGCUGAGAAGUCCUGGGUCUGGAGUGCCUUGGACUUCGCUGAAGUAGCAGAGGGGAAUAUUGAGCAGUUGGCUGUGAGAUUUAAGCUGCAGGACACUGCAAAUGUCUUCAAACAGGUUUUUGAAGAGGCCAAGGUUGCCCAAGAACAACAGGAACUCAUGACCCAGGUGACAUCCAGGGUUGCCUCACCACAAGACAGUGGACCUCCAGAAUCUGCACAGGCUGCUACACUUGUGUGCGGGAAGGCAGCCAUCGCUGUUCUGGAGGAGACCACAAAGGAACGUACAGAGCUUCCCUCUGACGGUGAGCCAAGUGCAGCUGGGUCUCCGAGUCCAGUCACCCCCUCAAGGACAGUGGUGUGUCCCCCGAAGUUUGUCUUUGGCACUCAAAGCCUUCAGAAAUUCUUUGGCUCGCCUCAGUUUCACUCCGAGACUGAGGAAUCGUCAUCCGCCAAAGAUCCUGGAUGUCCUGGCCACGCUUCACCUGCAUUCAAGAUCACAGAGCAAGGGCUGGAUUUUAGGCUUUUCAAAGAUAACCCAAUGGCUUUUUGGACCGGCACAUCAACAACCCAAUUUGAGCCCCCAGGGCCGCCUCAGGCAGCAGGAGGCAGUGCAGGGACGGAUGAGGACUCUGACGUGGAGGUUGUGUAUGUCAUGGAACCCACUGCUGAGCAGGCAGCUUUCGCCAAGGAACUCCUGCUGCCUCUCACCUUCUUCUGCUACCAGAAUGAACCGGGCUACACCAGCGACGAUCAAACUGAUGAUGAGGACUUUGAGUCGGCAGUAAACGCCUUGAAUGGAAAGCUCUACCUUGAUCCUCCUGUGAAAAAGGCUGCAGCAUGUGGCAAUGAGCCGGACUGCCAGGUGGUGUGGGAAAAGAAGGGGACGCCAGAGGAGGAGGAGAAAGCCAAAAGCCUCCUGCUUCCAUCCACCUUCUUCUGCGGCCUGAGCACCACAGACAGCGACCCAGACCGCGACAAACCCGAAGACUUUGAGACAGAAGUUCUCAAGGCGCAGCAAGACCUGGGUGCCCAGUUAAACGGAGCUGAACAGGCCUCCAGCAGCCCUCCUGUGGCUCCAGAAGAACCAGCAGCUGGCCCGUCGUCCAGCAGCACAGAAGCUGCAGACGGCUGCCCACACGCUGCAGCCGGCGGCGCGGAAGCUUCGGACGCUGCAGACGCCACGACGACACCGGAGCAACAGACCUCAGACCAGCCGACCGAGACUCUGAGUGAAGCUCCUGGCAGCAGCGCUCCCAUUGACCUGUCAAACAAGAAGAGCCCAGAACCAGAGUCCAACACUGGGACUUCGAUCACAGCUGGUGAAGAGUCCUUAGAUCCCAACUUUGGUUUCAAGUCGCCCGAAGGCUCCUCUUUUGCAGAUUUGGCCCACACCACGGAUGCCUUUGCGUUUGGAAGUCAAGAUUCCAGCUUCUCGUGGGCAAAUGCUGGAGCAAUAGUAUUUGGGGUCGCAAAGUCCUCUGGACCAAGAACCGGCGGUGAGCAGGGCAGUGAUGAAGAGGACGCGUCUAAUAGUGGGGACAUUCACUUUGAGCCCAUUGUGUCACUACCAGAGGUGGAGACAAAAUCUGGAGAAGAGGAUGAGGAAAUUCUGUUCAAGGAGCGUGCCAAGCUGUACCGAUGGGAUCGGGACCUCGGCCAGUGGAAGGAGCGCGGCGUCGGUGACCUCAAGAUCCUCUUCCACCCGACCAAACGUUUCUACCGAGUCCUGAUGAGACGAGAGCAGGUGCUGAGGGUUUGCGCCAACCACACGAUCACACAAGCGAUGGAACUCAAACCCAUGAACGCCUCGGCCAACGCACUUCUCUGGACGGCCACCGACUACUCAGAGGGCGACGGUGUAGUGGAGCAGCUGGCGGCCAAGUUCAAAACGCCUGAAAUAACCGAAUCCUUCAAGAAGACCUUCUGCGAGUGUCAGAGCCGCACCGGCCAAACCGAAGGCGAUGAGUCGUGCAUCUCCUUACCGCAGAUGUCCAAAGUUCAAGAGCACUCCAGAGACACCAACCCCCUGGUGUUCUUGGAGGUGGCAGCCGAUGGCCAACCGCUGGGCACGAUCACCGUCGAGCUGUUCUCCCAUAUCGUCCCCAAGACGGCAGAGAACUUCAGGGCUCUCUGUACCGGGGAGAAGGGCUUCGGGCUUCGGGACUCCAUCUUCCACAGAAUCAUACCGGCCUUCAUGUGUCAGGGCGGUGACUUCACCAACAGUGACGGCACGGGAGGAAAGUCCAUCUACGGCAGCAAGUUUGAGGAUGAGAACUUUGAUGUUCGGCACACAGGCCCGGGCAUUCUGUCAAUGGCCAAUCGUGGGCGCGACACCAACAACUCCCAAUUCUUCAUCACCCUGAAGAAAGCCGAGCACCUGGACUUCAAACAUGUGGUUUUUGGCUGGGUUCGGGACGGCAUGGAUGUUGUGCAACAGAUGGGAGAGCUCGGCACAAAAGGAGGCAAGCCCGCAAAGAAGCUCGUCAUCAGCCAAUGUGGACAGCUGUAGCGUUUUAAACGUUAUGCUCAAGAUUUACAGCUUUGAUUUGAAUGUGAAGUUAAAGUUGAACAAUGCCACGUUUUCUGUGCAACGCUAACCGUCCUGCAUCCGGAAAUCCAUUGUCAUUCUGCAUCUGAGAAUUAAACACUGAUUGCAGGACUACCUUUCAAGACCUUUCAUUUUAGAAACUUGGCUCCGAUAGCCUGGGGAAAAUAUAUAUGUUGCUACCCUAUUACAUAAUCACAUGUGGGGAAACAAGGUGUAGGAUGUGGGUGGAGCAAAUAUGGUAUUCUUUUACUCUGCUGCACAGGCUGUCAAUAAAUUCAAAUUUGUCUAUUUUGUGUGUAUAAUUGUACAUGGGCUACUUUUUUAAUGUUUUGGUUGCAUGUGCUCAAUAAAUGUGCUGGUCCUCUUCAUAAGCUCCUUUGGUAAUGUUUCCCUUUUUGAGGAAGUCUUAACUAUACUGAAAGGUGAGGUUGUUAUUAAAUGCACCUACUGGUUUGUAACUACUUUUUACUGUUGGGCUCUCCAGUGAUUGUUCAUUUGUGUAAGUUUCACGAUGUGCAGAUGAACUUGAGUCGUCUCACUGCGUUGCCCUGUAACCAUAUUACAGCUGGUUUGGUUUUUACAAAGGCAAUCCAUUAUAGUUUAAGAUAAUCACAAAGUUUAAAUAAUUUGCUGAGAAAUAAAGUCGCUUUAUAUGUAAUGAAUGGCUGCUUGAAAUAUUGACUCAUGUUUGUCCAAAUACACAGGAUGCAUUCAUGGUCA